AUGAAUAAUAAAUUGACUUCUUCAGAUGUUGAAGCAAUACUACCACUAAUUCGUCAUCAGUUAUUUAUUCCAAGAAUUUCGGGACCUGAAACUGUUAAAUUUGAAGGUCAUAAUAAUAAUAAUAAUAAUGAAAUUAGCUCAUCAGAUGCCCUUGUAAACAAUAGUUCACAUACGAAAUGUACACAACUGAAAAAAUCCAACUCAUUGUCGUCAUCAUCGUGUGAUUUUCUUCCAGUUGGAGGGAUUGGUUAUUUAUUGGAGUUGAAUUUGUCUCAUAAUAAUAUUGGUGAUGAUGGUUUAGGUAUAUUGUGUACUGGACUGCUUCAAUCUUAUCGAAAUCGUUUACGUGAACGUUUCUCUACGUUGAAUGAUCAAGAAAUUCUUAAACUAACCACUAUGUCAUCAUCACCAUCAACAGAAAAAAGCUCCGAUUCAAAUUCUAAUCGCUGUUGUACACAAUCAAUACCAAUGAAAAUUUGCAGCUUAGAACGUCUUUAUCUUGUAGACAAUAAUUUAAGCAUAGAUGGUAUGCAAUCAUUGGCUAUUGUAUUAAUGCAAACACCAAAAUCACUAAUCUCUUUUGUUGGCGGUUUAAUUAGCUUAGAUUUAAGUAACAAUGUAAAUAUUGGCGAUAAAGGUGUUGAAAUAUUGUGUGAAGGUUUAAUCAGAAACUAUAGUUUAAAAGAAUUAUAUCUUCGUUCCAUUAAUAUGUCUUUUUCAGGAAUUUUCGCUUUAUCCAGUUUUCUCAGUGAAUCAAAGUGUCUAAAGUAUUUGGAUAUACGCAACAAUAAUUUAGAUAUAGCCUCUAUAAUGGCUUUAUCAAAAACUUUAUUCAUUAAUAAAACAUUAACAAGUCUGGUUUCAGAUGCACAUCGUUGGGCGAAUUCUCAACUGGAUCUAUCUGAUAAAGAUAAAGAUUUAAUUAAAUCUCUCAUUGAAAGCAUCGAUUCAAAUCUUAGAAGAAAUCGUUUAGAAACAGAAUUAGUUGAUAAUAAUAAUAAUAAUAAUAAUAAUAAUGUCUCGAAUAUUAAUUGUGAUACAAUCACACCAACUGAUGUUGUCAAUGACGAGAAUUCGUUGGGACAAUCUGAAUUAAUGAAUAACAGCUCAGUGAUACAGUGUAAUGAUAAUUCACUAAGUAAUUGUAAUAUAAUGAAUGGUGAGAUGUCAUUGGACACAACAAAUUGUACAUCGGAUAUAUCAGUGAUACGAAGUUAUGAAUGUGAUAAUAAUAACAUUAAUAAUGAGUGUGGUCCUGAUAAUAGUAGUAAUGCUGAUCUCCAGUCAGAUAAUUCGUUAAAUACAACGAUCGAACAACUUGAUAGUGAUAGUAAUGUCGAGGUUUUGGGUAAUUUAAACUGCGCAAUAAUCUCUACCAAUCCUAUUAAUGAGAUAUUCACUGAAUGUAUAUUGGGUAAUCAAACAAUGAAUAAAGAUGGUAAAUUUAUCAAUAAUAAUAAUAAUAUUAAUAAUAAUGAGAAUUUUGCAAUAAUGGAAAAACGAAGUAAGGAAGAAAAGAAAACAACAAUAGUGGUAGAACAACGACGACCACCUUUACUUCAACAUUCAUCCGAUUCAUUUAUGACUAUUGAAAAUCUCUCUUCUUCAUCUAACUUAUUCCAAAAUGUAAAUAUACCAUGCUUCAAGGAUGAUAAGUCAUUGAAUUGUAAUACCGAAUCAGAUCCAAUUCAGUCAUCUGUAAAUGUUUUUGACGAAUCAGAUUCACUGAAUACAAUAAGUCAAAAUAAUCAUAAUCAUACAAAUGAUGACGUAAUCAGUAAAUAAAUAUUAUAAAACAGAGAUCGAAAAAAUCCAAAUGAAUUCCUCACCGUAAUAAAGAUAUGCCUUCAUCAGUAAAUCUGUCAAAACCAAUAUUAAUUGUGUUUGACAUAACAGUAAUAAAAGUAAUAAUAGUGCUAUGAUUUUGUUGUUCAAUAUUUUCC